GGUGGGCAGGGAGUGAGCCGUUCAUUGGGGUUACCGUCUUUGGAGGGAGCAGCACUUGCUCUCGCACAAACAGAGGUGUGGGGAAGGAUAUUUUUUUUUCUUUGCCGGAUGAAAAUGUUGAGUCCUGCAAACGGAGACCAGCUUCACCUAGUGAACUAUGUGGAGGAUUAUCUGGACUCCAUCGAGUCUAUGCCCUUCGAUCUGCAGAGAAAUGUCUCCUUGAUGAGGGAAAUAGACGCCAAAUAUCAAGAGAUUCUGAAGGACCUGGAUGAUUACUAUGAAAAAUUUAAACGAGAGACAGAUGCCGUGCAGAAGAGAAGAAUGUUGCACUGCAUACAGAGAGCCUUGAUUCGGAGUCAGGAACUAGGGGAUGAGAAGAUCCAAAUUGUCAGUCAGAUGGUGGAGCUUGUUGAGAACAGAACUAGGCAAGUGGAUAGCCACGUGGAACUGUUUGAAACUUGUCAAGAGCCUAAUGAUACCACUGGAAAUAGUGGGAAAGCCAGCCAAGACAAGUCAAAGAAUGAGACAAUCACACAGGCUGAAAAGCCCAACAAUAAGAGAUCCAGGCGGCAAAGGAACAAUGAGAAUCGAGAAAAUGCUUCAAAUAAUCACGAUCAUGAUGAUAUCACCUCAGGAACUCCAAAGGAGAAGAAAGCAAAAACAUCCAAGAAGAAGAAACGCUCCAAGGCCAAAGCAGAAAGGGAAGCUUCUCCCCCAGACCUUCCUAUUGACCCUAAUGAGCCAACAUAUUGCUUAUGCAACCAAGUUUCCUAUGGAGAAAUGAUAGGAUGCGAUAACGAUGAGUGCCCCAUUGAGUGGUUUCACUUUUCUUGUGUGGGACUCAAUCAUAAACCAAAGGGCAAAUGGUAUUGCCCCAAAUGUAGAGGAGAAAACGAGAAAACUAUGGACAAGGCAUUGGAGAAGUCUAAAAAAGAAAGGGCCUACAACAGGUAGUUUGUGGACUUUGCAUAGCAAAGAGAAGUAAAACCACCAAACCAGUGUAUUUAUUGUCAGUGUCACCUUUGUUGAGGUGAAAGGAUUGUAAAAUGUAUAUUUUUAAAGGAGGUUUGAAACUGAACCAUUCCUGUUAUAGGGACGGCAAUAAGCAAUUUUGUUUUUCAUUUGGUAAACUGUAACAAGAAUGUGGUCUGUGGACCAAUGUAUUCCAAAAGUAAAGUUGUAAGAAUUUAAACCGAAUAUUUGGGUGGG